CAAGAAUGGUUUUUCUUUAGUCCCCGAGAUUUCAAGAACUCCAACAGUAACAGAACGAACAGGGCUACCAAAUCCGGGUACUGGAAAGUCACAGGUAAAGAUAGGAAGAUCAAAGCUAAAGGCACCAACAAUCUGAUUGGUACAAAGAAGACUCUAGUGUUCCAUAGAGGUCGUGUUCAUGAUGGGGUUAGGACCAGCUGGGUUAUGCACGAGUAUCAACCAACAGUAACUCUUCCUCACCAGAAAGCCUUUGUCCUCUGUCGCUUAAAGAGAAAAAUGGAUGAGAAAACUAAAGUGACAACCUGCGAUGAAGGGGAAGAAAGCAGCUAUAUUGCUUCUGAUUUUGAAAAUCCAGUGUCAGAGGUUACAAAUCCAGAGGUAUAUGAUCAUACAGAAGAAGACUUGGAACCUACAGCUGCUGCAGCAGCCGCAGAAUUAUGAUGCCUCUUCCUCACAGCUUCCAUUUUGCAAUCAGCAGGAACCCUCUUUCAUGGAUUCCACAUUUACCAAUGGCCAUAGCGAAGUGCAAUUUCAGUUUGAUCAUAAUGAAUAUGAAGAGGAUCAAACAAAGUUUGUCCAUUCACUUUUUGUUGACCAGGAUGAGUACUCCUCUGAAGAAAUACUGCACUUCAGUGACACAGACACUGACACAGCCCAAGCACGGUGUGACCACUUUCUGGGAAUUUCAACAUUGUUUAAUGAACAUAUUGCUCCUAAAGAAUACAGACAAAUGUCUAUGGUUCAAAGUGGAACUGUUCCUCUUCUAACCAUGGCCAAUACAGAGAAGAAUCAAAUGGUUUCCUUCAUGAUGAUUUCUUGGGACUUUAUGCUCCCCCUGUUAGUCCGGCGGCAGAUGUACCUAUAUUCAUAUGUUGCAUUACAAGAGUUAGUCCAGAAUCUAGUCUAGAAUCUCCUCUCAAGAUAAGAGCCUCCAAACCUAAAAAUUACCGAAGAUCCUGCCACGUUGUAGGAAAAACAGCUGCUCGGAGAAGAUUCCAAUUGAAGCGUAGCAGUUCAAUUAAAGCAGUAUCAUCCCAAGAAGAGGUGAGAGAAUCAAGCUGCAGCGCAUCACAUCAUGAAUAGAUUCUGUCCGUCUCUAAUGAGAUGUUCUUAAAUGGGAAGGUAGCAAAUUUUGUUUCUGGUUGCUUGUAUGCUGGCAAAAUUUGUUGAACAGCAUCUUUUUAGAAAAAUAUUGGAUAAAUAGCAUGCAUUUGAACUUAUUUUUUUUUCCCGCUUGGAACUUGAUUCUAGCAAACUCGAGUUCCUUGCAGGUAAAUUUUUUUAAAAAUGGAACUCGAGUUUACUAAACUUGAGUUCCACGUAGUUUUUUAUUUUUUAU